AUGGGGGAUCGCUCUCAGGACACAGAGGCGGGUGUGAGCAGUGGUGGACGGAUCACCAGAGGGACAGCUCGCGCGCAGGCUGCUGCUAAUAUGAUCUCCCCUCCUGCUUCCACGACACCCCCGAGUGUACCCGCGAAGAAGACCAUAUUUUACCCGGAUAAUCUGGGCAACCAUUCACGAACGGACAGGGAUUCGGAGCCUGUGGAUGCAAAUGCGCUCGAUAAGGCCUUGAAAGAUCUUGAGGAUGCUGGGCGCCAGCGUGAGAGGACACCUGGGAUGAGCCCUUGUCGCAAACGGCAGCGGGUCUAUGGCGAUCGAUUCAUUCCAAAUCGUGACGGCCAGGAUUUGCAAGCGACGUACAGUUUGCUUCAUGAGGAUGGAUGUCCGACUACUCCUUCCAAGUCCAAGCGGCGCGCUCCGCAUUCUGAAUUGCAUUUCCAAAAGACGGAAGAAGCCAAUCGCACAUUCUCCCGAGUCCUGCGCAGUGAACUCUUCGGCAGCACCGUUCCUCAACCCGAUCUCGACUCCCUUCCAUCGGAUCCGUUGCUGGGCUUUGGCAACGGGAUCAAUGACAAGACUCGGUCCCACACACCUCCGGCCCACCUGAUAGGCAAUCUCCAUUCCUCUGGAAUCACCCCCUCAACUCCGCACAAGAACCUCUUCAAUUACGGCCCGACCCGUCCCGGAUCUGGUCACCCUACUCCCUCCAAGACUCCCCGAAGCGCCCAUGCACCCAACCUGAAUGUCCGUUCCGAGCUCUACAGUACCUCGCCUAUUCGUUAUGAGAGUCAGCGCAUCCUUGAAACCCCGCGGAAGCAGCCCCGAUACAUCAACAAGGUUCCCUUCAAGGUCCUCGAUGCUCCUGAUCUGCAGGAUGAUUUCUACCUGAAUCUGGUUGACUGGGGCAGCUCCAAUGUGCUGGGUGUCGGGCUAGCCAACUCCGUCUACAUGUGGAACUCGCAGUCUAGCCGAGUGACCAAGCUCUGUGAGCUGAAGGAUGACACCGUGACCAGCGUUAGCUGGAUCCAGCGAGGUACCCACCUUGCAAUUGGCACGGGCAAGGGUCUCGUGCAGAUCUGGGAUGCAGAGCAUUGUCGACGACUGCGAACCAUGGUGGGCCACACCAAUCGGGUUGGUGCUCUGGCCUGGAACGACCACAUCCUCACAUCCGGUUCUCGAGACCGCCUCAUCUACCACCGUGACGUUCGUUCUCCGGAUCAGUACCUUCGGCGGUUGUCUGGCCACAAACAAGAGGUUUGUGGAUUGAAGUGGAACACGGAAGAUGGUCAAUUGGCCUCUGGCGGCAAUGACAACAAGCUUAUGGUAUGGGACAAGCUGAACGAAACUCCCCUUUAUCGCUUCUCCGACCACUGUGCCGCUGUCAAGGCCAUUGCCUGGUCCCCUCACCAACACCAUCUGCUUGCUUCGGGUGGCGGUACUGCAGACCGCACUAUUAAAUUCUGGAACACUUCCACCGGCGCACUUAUCAAGGAGGUGGACACGGGCAGCCAGGUCUGCAACUUGUCGUGGUCCAAGAAUUCCGACGAGAUCAUCAGUACCCACGGCUACAGCCAAAACCAGAUCGUCAUCUGGAAGUACCCGCGCAUGGAGCAGGUUGUUUCCUUGACCGGCCACACGUUCCGUGUUCUGUAUCUCGCCAUGAGCCCCGAUGGUCAGACCGUCGUGACUGGUGCCGGCGACGAGACUCUCCGUUUCUGGAAGAUCUAUGACAGGCGGGCUAACCGUGACUCGCGCCGAGGGGUUAGCAAGUUUACGGAAUGGAGCACCAUCCGUUAA